GGGAAAAAAAAGCAUAUAAUAAUGUUUUUCAUAUACAGAUAAAUGACGUCAUCGUGCGACAAAAUAAUAGUUGCGAAACACCUAUCUUGUUACGUGGUCCAUUAGGAUAAGUCGAGGGUAGUUCCAUUGUUAUAUAUUGUUAAAUGUAAUACUGUUCUAUUUAUAGUGGAAAAAUAGUUCACAAGACCUCAGUACAUUCAUUUCAUUCGAACGAUGCAUGUUGUCUUGGGCAGUAUUCCGAUUUGGACAUUAUACGCGUUGGUGUCAUGCGUGUCAGUCUCAUGUCUGUCGAUGGCCCAAAAAGUGAGAUGGGAACUGGUUUACGACCCGAUGCUGAACGACGAAUCAUUCGAUCGAUUCGUCGCCGCCGACCACCACGCUACCGCCAAGAUGAUACAGCCACGAGACGAUCAGCAGCGGCAGCGGGACGAGCAACAGCUAUGGCGGCAUAGGGAUGAACAACAGAAACGACACCGCCACCGCCAGCUGCAGCAACAGAAGCGAGAUGAGUGGCAACAGCGCCGCAGCAGCAGCAAUAGCGAUUCACGGUACGUCGAUAGCGUGUCAGUGCCCGCGUCUGAGAUUUGCAACUGCACGCAAAAGACAACGAUCCACCGGCUGACCCAAAACCACUACCCCAAGGAACUCCUGUCGGUCACGUGCAGCGGAAACUGGUGCAAGACAGCCUCGUACCUAGUUCCGGUGUUGUUAAGAUCGAGCACACAGUUAGCCGAAAACCAAGAAGAAUUGCCGGAUGAACUACAGCAGAACGUCAAUCACUGGACGUUUGACUCCGUAAGGAUUCCGGUCGCCUGUUAUUGUUCAAUUAAAUAAACGAUAUUUUUGCCUUUGAUCUAUAUUAUACCUACAUUAUAAUAGACCAAGACGUGUAAUACGAUAUUUUCCCCGAUUUGUUUUAUCCUGCAUCUCCCACCUCCUCCUACUAGUUCAACCUCAGUCCGGUGCUUUAUCUACAUUCUAUAAUAUAGACAAAAGUGGACAAGUAAAUGAAAAUAAUUGACUCAAGUAACAAGUCAAAUGAAUGCAAAAUUUUUAAGUAAAAAGAAGUUAAUGUUAACAAACAAUACAUUUUAAU